CAUCUUUUGGCAUCGACAGGUUUUGACUUGGUAACCAGACCAGCGACUGCUAAACAAAUCCGCUCGUGUAGCAGGGCUUCGCGCGUUCAGAGCGGUCGGGUUGUGGAAUUCGUGUUCAGAACAGACGUCGCCAGAGGCGGACAAGAGAGUGGCGCGUCGGUGUGCCGAGAGGCGUCAAGGAAGGUCUCGGAGGAGGACAUCAUGGAGCCAAGCUUGCUUUGCGUCAAGGAAGAGGGCUGUGAGUGGAGUGCAGUCCGUUUGACGCCAGGGGGUCUCUAUGUGAAGGUGGAGGACAGUGAAGAGCACAUCUCUGCCUUUGAAGAGAAUGCACGGAGUGCCCUGAAACGAGAGGAUUAUGAGCAGGUCCCCAUCAGCCUGGAUGCCCUGAGCCAAACGGUGGACUUUUUCAAGGAAGAUGCGCCCGUGCAGAAUGUUUUAAUUUCCCAAGCGUCUCCGGGAUGGCGGGCAGAGGUGACGUCUUUGGGGUCGGCUGACGGGGAAGAGUUUUGUCCCCCGCGUGAUUUUGGUGAACUACCAGAAUUUGAGGGUGAAUUCGCAGAAGGAUCACACCGUCGAAAGGGACUGAAAAGGAGGCAGUCAUCUACAACCUGGUGUGAGACAUCUUUACACGAUCAGGACAGCGUCUACUCAUCUGAGUUUGAUGGAACUACCCUUCAGUGCUCCCCUGACGAGCAGAAACACAAUGAAACUAUGAAGAGAUUUGAAGCGAAGAGUUUUCCACUUGGCUCUCUGUCUGUUGUUAAAAUAACCGACUCUGUCAGUAUUCACGGAGAGAUGCCCAAUACAACUCCAGUAACUUUGUACAUAUGCCAGGAGUGUGGCAGAGGCUUUAAAACCAAAUCUAAUUGUAAAAAGCAUCAGAGCAUUCAUUUGGGAGAGAAGCCGUUUUGCUGUUCUGAAUGUGGGAAAAGAUUCUCGCGAAUAAGUAAUCUGCAAAGGCAUACAAAAGUUCACACUGGAGAAAAGCCUCACUGCUGCUCUGAAUGUGGCAAACAGUUCUCUCGAAUCAGCCAUCUUCAGAGUCACGCAAGAAUACAUACAGGAGAAAAACCCCAUUGUUGUCCUGAAUGUGGCAAGCGAUUCUCACGAUUAAGUCAUCUUCAGGGUCACUUGAGAAUUCACACCGGGGAGAAGCCUUAUUGCUGCACUGAAUGUGGGAAACGAUUCUCUGAAAUGAGUAAUCUUAAGAGCCAUUCAAGAACUCACACAGGAGAAAAGCCAUAUGGCUGUUCUGAAUGUGGAAAACAGUUUUCAGGACUGAGAAAUCUUAAGAACCAUACAAGAAUUCACACUGGAGAAAAACCUUACUGUUGUUCUGAAUGUGACAAACGGUUUUCACGAAUAAGUAAUCUUCAGAGCCACAGGAGAAUUCACACAGGAGAGAAACCUCAUCGCUGUGGUGAGUGUGGCAAACGGUUCUCAGAAAUCAGUAGCCUUCAGAGACACACGAGUGUCCAUACUGGAGAAAAACCUCAUUGCUGUUCUGAAUGUGGCAAAAAAUUCUCACGCAUAAGCCAUCUCCAAAGACACACAAGGAUCCACACUGGAGAAAAACCUCAUUUCUGUUCACAGUGUGGAAAACAAUUCUCUGAAUUAAGCAGUCUCCGGCUUCACAUGAGAAUUCACUCAGGAGAGGAUCCGCAUCAGUGUGCCGAAUGCGGCAAACAGUUCUCACAACUGCGUUACCUUCAGAGACACCGACAAGUUCACACUGGGGAGAAGCCACAUUUCUGUCCAGAGUGUGGCAAAAGAUUCUCCCAAACCAGCCAUCUUAAAAGACACACGCAGAUUCACACUGGAGAAAAGCCACACUUUUGUUUUGAGUGUGGCAAGCGAUUCUCACAAGUAAGCCAUCUGCGAAGGCACACUCAGAUUCAUUUGGGCGAGAAACCCUACUGCUGCUCUCAGUGUGGCAAACAAUUCUCACAAAUGAGCAGUCUGGAGAAACACAAGAUGUUGCACUUAAGGAAAGUUGUGGGAUUUAUGGAGUCAUAACCAACACACAAGGUUCACAAUGGAGAGCACGAGUGUCUGAGACCAGGCCAGUCCAUGUCAUUGUUUGGAUGAUGGUGGUAAUGUGGACUUUUAGGACAUGUUUGUGUAGGUUCCUUGUACUGCCUAUUUAUUCUGAAGCUGAACAAUGCAGGGAGUUGGACGUACAGAUUUGAACAAUUCUCAUGAAAUCCUCACAAUCUCUUAGAGCUCCAGCUACUAAAUUCUUAAUGAACAACUUUGUUUUAUGUUGGUCUGUGGUACGACAACAUUACCAUUAAGGAAAAGAGUAAAAGCAGUAGACUAUGCUGACUGCGUGUCUCCGAGGCAAAAAUGGUGCACAACAGCAGCCUCAGCAUUUAGUCGGGCUGAAGGGAAGAUUUCAGUAGGGUGUCAGAUGAAGGUGGGACUGGUGUGUGUGUGCAGAAGUGCCACUGCCCCAGAGUUCACAAAGACAAAAAAGACUGAUGAUGAAGAGCAGAUCAUAUAUAAGUCUUCAGUUUAACAGGCUUUGAAAUUCUGUCUAAGCGGUUUACAGUGUGGUGAAAAUCACAUUGUUACUUUCCUGAUACAGUGGAACCUCGGGGCACGAACAUCUCGGACCAUGUACAACUCGGGUUACGACCAAAAAGUUCACCAAACUUUUGCAUCUGUCCACGACCACACACUCGGGUGACGAACAAGCCAGUUUCCCUUCCGGUUCGUACGCGCCGGUGAUUUCUGCACGUGUUCAGUCUCUCCCUGUACAGUACAUUGUUCUCGGUCAGACGUGCAUCGCGCAGAGGGACUUUGUGGUAUAGCGGGUCCACAGCUCACGUCAUGAGGCCAGUUUUAAAUAAAUAAUCGCCACGCUGCAACUGCCACGUCCUCUUCAUAAAUAGAAGCGCGAGGCGGCUAAAGGGAGGAAAAGGAAAAGAAAGACGGAGGUUGUGGAGUGAGGAAGUAAGCAGGAAGCAGUGUGGAAAGAACCGGUGUGAGUGAGCGAGCGAGAGAGAGCGUGAGUGAGAGAGUGAGUGAGCGAGCGAGCAAGAGAGAGCGAGAGAGAGAGAGUGUGUGUUAGUGAGUGAGAGAGAGAGAAUGAGCAAAUGAGCAAGCAAGAGAGAGCGAGAGAGAGAGAGAGAGAGAGAGAGCGUGUGCUCGCAGGCAGGCAGCUGGACGGUGAGCCCAAGAAGGGGUGUUUGGCCGACACUCGAUGGGGCAGAAGGAAGCGGUCACUCCAGCUGAGCGAUCAAGGAGCUGGAGUGACCAGAAGAAGGAUGGCUGGCCGCGUAAUGCCGAGACAGGAGUUGUGAGGCUUGGGCAGAGAAUUCCCUGACGUGGGUGUCCUGGUCACCAGGGAAGCCAAGUCUCGGUCUGGAGAGUGCGCGACCGAAGCCAGGGAUCAGGAGGCAUCCAGACCAGAAGGAAGGACAGCUGCAGGUAGAGUGGCUCCCCUGUUGCGAAGCCUGGAUAGGGAGAAGCAGGGGGGGUCACCAG